AUGUUGUGUAGGCAGUUAUACGUGCAGAGGCGGUUCUGCGCUCGGUUGAGUGUGCGAGCAGUCAAUACAAAGGCUGGUCAGGUUUUGGAGCCCGUGCCUUCCGUGGCAUUGGAGCAGGCCAAGCCUUUUGCAGAGUUGCCGGGACCCAGCAAAUUGGAAAUGAUCAGAGCUUUUUUGCCAGGCGGUCGAUAUCGCGGCAAACCAGUAUUUGAAAUGUUUAUGGACUUGGCUCGCCGUCAUGGUGAAAUCUUUCGUCUGCCUUCCAUUGCAUCCAAUGAAGUGGUUCUUACCAUGAAUCCCAAGGACUACGAGAUAAUUUUCCGUAAUGAAGGACAAUGGCCAUAUAGGCGUAGUUUCGAAACCUUCACCUAUUACAAGACUGUGCACAGACGUGAUGUGUUUGGUGCAGAUGACGGCUUAGUUUCCGGUAAUGGACCAGAGUGGGGCAAAAUGCGCACGGCCGUGAAUCCGAUUUUGUUGCAGCCUCGCAAUGCCAGAUUAUACAUUAAAAAUCUGUUGCAAGUGAACAAUGAAUUUCUGCAGAGAAUACGCAAUAUUCGUGAUCCGAAUACUUUGGAGAUGCCCGACGAUUUUGCCGAGGAUAUCCGACGCUUGGUAUUGGAAUCUAUAGGUUCGGUCGCGCUGAACACGCAUUUAGGACUUUUGGGAGCACAACGGGAAAGCGAGGAGGCUAAGCAGAUGAUCAAGGCAUUGGAAAAUAUUAUUGAAAUUGGUUUUGAGUUAGAUAUGCUGCCAGCAAUUUGGAAAUAUGUGCCUAUUCCAAAGUUUAAGCUAAUGAUGCGAUCCCUAGACACCAUUACCGAUAUUUGCAUUAAGAAUAUUGAGGAAGCUAUUAAUCGCAUCGAAUCAACUGCUAAAGAUAGUCAAGUCACUAAUGACGCAGAUUUGGAGAAGAGUUUGUUGGAGAAACUAUUACGACACGAUCGUAGAACAGCCAUCAUUGUAGCGAUGGAUCUACUGUUUGCUGGCACAGAUCCGACGGUUGUCUCGCUCAGCGGUAUUUUGUUAUUGCUGGCCAAGAAUCCGAGUAAGCAGGCGCGUCUCCUGGAAGAGUUGCAGAACGUGUUGCCCUCAAAGGACGCUCCACUAACCAUGGACAACAUGCAGAACUUGCCUUAUUUGCGCGCUUGCAUCAAAGAAGGCAUACGUCUCUAUCCAGUUGGACCAGGCACAUUGCGCCGCAUGCCACACGAUGUGGUUCUGAGUGGAUAUCGUGUUGUGGCCGGCACAGAUGUCGGCAUAGCGGCCAACAUCCAGGUGGCAAAUUCCGAAGAGUUUGUCCCGCGGGUUCGCGAAUUUCUCCCAGAGCGUUGGUUGCGCAACGAAAGCGCCAAUCUAGUUGGCGAUAUUGCAUCGCCAUUCAUGUAUCUGCCAUUUGGAUUCGGACCGCGUUCAUGUGCAGGAAAACGUAUUGUGGAUAUGAUAUUGGAGAUCGCCGUGGCGCGUCUGGUGCGUAACUUUGACAUCGGCUUUAAUUAUCCCAUUGAGAACGCGUUCAAGGCUCAAUUCUUUGUCAAGCCAAAUAUACCAUUUAAUUUCAAAUUUGUGGAGCGGGAGAAGUAAGCACACAUUUUCACAAUAAUAAUAAAUGAACACGACAAGAA